CAGUUCCUCCGUUCUCCAAACCCCCCGCCCCCCCCCCGCAAAGUGGAAAUGACGAAAAUGCCCUCCGUCUGCUUCUUCUUCCUUCUCCUCGUCUCCGCCGCUAUGGCGGAGAUCAAAACCCUAACCAUAUCCAACGACGCUAGGUCCAUGAUCCUUUUCGAAAAGUUCGGCUUCACCCACAGAGGUCACGUCACCAUCUCCGUCAAGAAGGUUCUGGUUGAAUCUCCCUCCAAGAUCAGCAUCGAGCCCUCUCGCCUCGGCUUCUUCCUUCUCUCCGAGGAGUCGCUGCUUCAGGUUCUCAUGGAGAUGCAGCAAGAUCCGCAGUUCUGCGUCCUUGACUCUCACUACAUCACCCACCUCUUUAAUUUCCGAGACCUUUCGCCGCCGCCUCUUUCCUCCUUCAACCAAUCAUAUCCGGUCACCGCCCCCAACGAGUACAGUCUAUUCUUCGCCAAUUGCGCCCCUGGAACCUCCGUCUCCAUGGACGUUCGUACCGAGGUCUUCAACUUCGACAGCGAUAACUCCAAGGAUUUCCUCUCCGCUGGCCUCACCCACCUCCCGUCUCUCUUCUUCGUCUUCUCAUUUGCUUAUUUAGGCUUCCUAGGGUUUUGGAUCUACAUCCUCUACACUAACAAGCGCUCCGUGCAUCGGAUCCAUUUCUUGAUGGGUGGUUUGCUAUUGAUGAAGGCUCUCAAUCUCAUCUGUGCGGCUGAGGAUAAACAUUACGUUAAGGUCACAGGUACCCCACAUGGGUGGGAUGUGUUGUUCUAUAUCUUUCAGUUCAUUCGUGUCGUUUUGCUCUUUACUGUGAUCAUUUUGAUCGGAACUGGGUGGUCGUUUUUGAAACCCUUCUUGCAAGAGAAGGAGAAGAAGGUGUUGAUGAUUGUGAUCCCGCUUCAGGUUCUGGCUAAUGUGGCCUCGGUUGUGAUCGGUGAGACCGGACCUUUUAUCAAGGAUUGGGUUACUUGGAACCAGGUAUUCUUGUUCGUUGACAUCAUUUGCUGCUGUGCUAUCAUUUUCCCAAUUGUAUGGUCGAUUCGGUCCUUGAGAGAGACGUCGAAAACCGACGGGAAAGCGGCCCGAAACUUGGCCAAGCUGACCCUUUUCAGGCAAUUUUACAUUGUUGUAAUUGGGUACUUGUACUUCACACGGAUCGUGGUUUUCGCUCUUAAGACCAUUGCGGCUUAUAAGUACCAGUGGGUGAGCAAUGCGGCUGAGGAGAUUGCAAGCUUAGCCUUUUAUAUAGUGAUGUUCUAUAUGUUCAGGCCGGUGGAGAAAAAUGAGUACUUUGUUCUUGAUGAGGAGGAUGAAGAGGCUGCAGAGCUGGCUCUCAGGGAUGAAGAGUUCGAGCUUUGAAUUGGUUAGCAGUGCUUUGAGUAUUUGCCGCUCUGCAAACGCAGUGCUGCGUGGAUUGGAGAAUAGAGAUUGAUCGAGGAGGAUGCUGUUCCUUCUUCUACUUGUAAUAUUUUCUCUACUUUUACCUACUUUACUUUACUUUACUUUGAGAACUUUAAUUUCAAGCAUGUGUAACUGUAUGUUUUGAUCCAUAGAAUUAUCAUGUCACUAUGCUGAAUUGCCGAUACUCAACUCUGCUUCACAGAGUGUUUUACA